CCCCGUCCCGCCCCGGUGCCGCCCCGUCCCGUCCGCCCCGUCCGCCCGGACUUUACCUCCCGGCCGGGCCCGCGCCGCUCCGCUCCGCUCCGCUCCGGGCCAUGUGAGCCGCGGGCCGGGCCGCGGGGCCGCAUCGAACCGGCACCGGCUCCGCCUCGGCACCGGCUCGGCUCCGGCUGCGCCUCGGCCGUCGGCUCCGCUCCGGCGCCCCCCGCCCCGGCUCGGCUCCGGCUCCGGCUCCGGCUCCGGCAUGGAGCGCAGGAAGGUCUUCGUGGUGCUCGAUGUCCUCUGCGUGGUGGUCGCCUCUCUGCCCUUCAUCAUCCUCACGCUGGUCAACUCCCCGUACAAGCGGGGCUUCUACUGCAACGACGACUCCAUCCGCUACCCCUACAAGGCAGACACCAUCACCCACGGCCUCAUGGCCGGCGUCACCAUCACCUGCACCGUUGUCAUUAUCUCGGCAGGGGAGGCUUACCUGGUCUACACGGAGCGUCUCUACUCCAAGUCGGAGUUCAACAACUACCUGGCCGCCCUCUACAAGGUGGUGGGGACUUUCCUCUUCGGGGGGGCCAUCAGCCAGUCCCUGACCGACCUGGCCAAGUACAUGAUCGGCCGCCUCCGGCCGAACUUCCUGGCCGUCUGCAAUCCCGACUGGUCCAAGGUGAACUGCUCCCUCUACGUGCAGCUGGAGAGCGUCUGCCAGGGCGAGAGCAGGAACGUCACCGAGUCCAGACUGUCCUUCUACUCCGGGCACUCCUCCUUCGGCAUGUACUGCAUGGUGUUCCUGGCGCUCUACGUGCAAGCCCGCCUGGUGUGGAAGUGGGCCCGCCUGCUGCGCCCCACCAUCCAGUUCUUCCUCAUCGCCUUCGCCGUCUACGUGGGCUACACCCGGGUCUCCGACUACAAGCACCACUGGAGCGACGUGCUGGCGGGGCUGCUGCAGGGCGCCCUCAUCGCCGUCCUCACCGUCCGCUACGUCUCCGACUUCUUCAAGCACCGUCCCCCGCUGCCGUGCGAGGAGAAGGACGCGGAGCGCAAGCCCAGCCUGCCCCUGACCAUGAGCGACCCCGACCGCAAUCACUACAGCUACCGGGGCGCCCCGUGAGCCGCGCGGGGACGGACGCCCGCCCGCGGGGGCACGGACGGACAGACGGACGGACGGACUGCGGCCCCCGGCGCAGCUUCGCGUUGCUUCCGCGCCCCUCACGCCCCGCCGGCGUCCGCGGGCGCCCGGCCCCUCACCCCCACCCUGGGCCACGGCUCCCCGCGCCGGCGCGGCGCUGGCAGGCAGCACCCGUCCCAUCCCCGGCGGUGCCGGCUGCCCACCCACCCCUGUGCCCCGCUGCGGGGCCGGGCGGGGGCACGAGGCGUGGGGGGGGGGGUGCUGCGCCGGGAAACCGCGCCAAGCCACGGGCAGACCCGCGGGAGGGCUGAGGCCGCCGGAGCCGAGCGAGCGUCCUGGUGCAGCCCUGCAGCCUCACGAGCAUGAAUCCUCCCCAGCGCGGGGGGAGGAGGGCGGCCGCCGGGCUAGCGAGACUUUUUUGGAAAGGAUUAAAGCAACCCAGCGCUCCUCUCCACUCCCCCAUUGCCUUUAAAAGCGCUGCUGGCUGCAGGGAGCACAGGGCACGGGCCAGGCUGGCUUCCGCGGUGCCCCGUGCCGUGGGGCUGCCGUGGGGCUGCCGUGGGGCUGCCACAGUCACCUCUCGCCCGCCGCAGGCUGCGGGGAGGCUCGUGGGUCGCGGGCUCUCCUGCAGCUCCAGCCCAUCCUUGGAGGGGGCAAGGGGCGACGACUCCUGUGGCAGGGGAAGGUAAACCAGGCUGCGGGAAGGGGCCCUUCGCCGUCCCCCUCCCUGCGCGGCUGCUCGGGCGCUGGGGAGCUGCGGGCCUCCUGCUCUUAAACUACGUGCAUUUUCAUAAUGAUGUGUUUUUAUAAAAAUGUUUUUUAAAUUAGAUCAUCCUUAAAGAA